UUGAUUUCAGGACCAGAUCCGGACGACCUUCUCGAUCAGGGCUAUACCGACCAGAAUGGUGAAUUCCAACUCCAGGGUGCAACUGUGGAAACGACACCGAUCGAUCCUAUUCUGAAAAUCUAUCAUGACUGCAAUGACGUCACAGGCUUCCUCAGCGUUCCUAAGUCGAAAGUGAAAUUCUCGCUACCAGACAAAUACAUCACCGAUGGUAUGGUACCUCGAAAAACGAUGGAUAUCGGUGCUGUCAAUCUGGAAAUUGAAUUCUUGGACGAAGAACGAGAAUACAUCGUUGAUUAA